AGCAAACUCGGGGCGGUGCGUAUGAGAAAGAACUUGCAGCCCGAGCUGAUGUUUGGGCGUCGACUUCCUGGCCGAGCGUGACGAAACUUCAGACAGCAAAUAACUGUUCGGCAUUUUACAGUUUCUUCUCAACAGAUUUCAUAUUGUUUUUCGAUUCGAACCUCGAGAGGCACACUUUUUGGAUUGUUUGCCGUUUAUCUGUUUAUACAAGUGCGAACAAGUAAUAUCAAUCUUCAUCAAGAAUGGCGUUGAGUGGCUGUUAAGGAGUACUGAAGGAUCCACUUCAGUCUUCAGUCUUUAUUGUCAACUUCAUCUUCGGGUUGGCUGGAGUUGGCGUGUUGGCCUUGUCAAUCUGGCUGCUUUUUGAUCAAGCAGUAGUCUUUAUGGCGAAAGGUGCCCAAGAUUACGCCACCGGAACAUUGGCAGCCGGAACGUUGAUGACCGUCAUCAGAUUUCUUGGCUGCCGCGGAGCUUUGCGUAAAAACCAAUGUUUGCUCGGAACCAACUUUGUCUUCUUGAUGAUCAUUCUUGUGGCUGAAAUUGCCGGCGGCGUUUGGGCCAACAUGAACCGCGCCGACCUGAAUAAACUUGUGCAAGAAAGCGUGCGGCACACGGUUCGUCGUGACUAUGGCAAGGACGACGUGACAACCAAAAUUUUCGACAUGAUUCAGAGAACUCUGAAAUGCUGCGGUGCUGAGAGCUACGCCAGCUGGGCCAACUCGGCUUACAAUGGUGUUGAUGAGAAGUCGCAAAUGGAAAUCGGUAUUAGCGCAUUGUCACCCACGUAUUCCGUGCCCAAAUCUUGCUGUGCUGAUCCAGAUACGGAUUUGUGUGAAACUACUCGCAAGCUCGGCUCGCUCGGUUUCGCUGCGUCCGCCCUAGGCAUUGUUUAUACCGACGGUUGCGCACCUAAGCUGGAAGCUUUGCUCCAGCAAUACUUCACCUACGUGUUUGCCACAGGCAUUGGCAUUGGUAUCAUUGAGCAUGAACUGAACAAUAAGCACAUGAAUCGCGCCGACCUGAAUAAACUUGUGCAAGAAAGCGUGCGGCACGCGGUUCAUCGUGACUAUGGAAAGGACGACGUGACAACCAAAACCUUCGACAUGAUUCAGAGAACUCUGAAAUGCUGCGGUGCUGAGAGCUACGCCAGCUGGGCCAACUCGGCUUACAAUGGUGUUGGUGAGAAGUCGCAAAUGGAAAUCGGUAUUAGCGCCUUGUCACCCACGUAUUCCGUGCCCAAGUCUUGCUGUGCUGAUCCAGAUUCGGAUGUGUGUGAAACUACUCGCAAGCUCGGCUCGCUCGGUUUCGCUGCGUCCGCCCUAGGCAUUGUUUAUACCGACGGUUGUGCACCUAAGCUGGAAGCUUUGCUCCAGCAAUACUUGACCUACGUGUCUGCCACAGGCAUUGGCAUUGGUAUCAUUGAGCAUGAACCGAACAAUGAGCACCUGAAUCGCGCCGACCUGAAUAAACUUGUGCAAGAAAGAAUGCGGCACGCGGUUCGUCGUGACUAUGGCAAGGACGACGUGACAACCAAAACCUUCGACAUGAUUCAGAGAACUCUGAAAUGCUGCGGUGCUGAGAGCUACGCCAGCUGGGCCAACUCGGCUUACAAUGGUGUUGAUGAGAAGUCGCAAAUGGAAAUCGGUAUUAGCGCAUUGUCACCCACGUAUUCCGUGCCCAAAUCUUGCUGUGCUGAUCCAGAUACGGAUUUGUGUGAAACUACUCGCAAGCUCGGCUCGCUCGGUUUCGCUGCGUCCGCCCUAGGCAUUGUUUAUACCGACGGUUGCGCACCUAAGCUGGAAGCUUUGCUCCAGCAAUACUUCACCUACGUGUUUGCCACAGGCAUUGGCAUUGGUAUCAUUGAGCUCCUUGGAAUGAUCUUCUCCAUGUUGCUGUGCUGUGCAAUUCGUAAGAUCGAGGACUUUAAGGCUUAAAAAAAAAGCAGAAGGUACCACAAAAACAAAAAAAAAAAAAAAGAGAAUCACAAAUUAAGGCGAUACGACUCAAUUUAAUAUCUAAUGGCACAGAAGCGUCAACUGUUCGUGAUCGUCGAUCAGUUUAUUUGUUCUUUUUUGCGUUUGAGUUUCUAAUUUCAGAUGAUCAUUCGUUUCGGAAUCAAUUCUAGUUACUGCCCUUACAUCAUUAUACACGCGUUCGUUGUCAAAUAAUCUAGCAACUUACCUGUAAUUUCCGUUUAGCCUGACAUUUUUUUUUGAAAUAUUUAUUAAUUGGCUUUUUGGACGUUUAUUGCUUUGGUUUACCCCACCCAUUCUUCUCAUCAACUCAUAUCUUGAAAGAAAAUUACCAUGUCGGCAAAAGAAUUUGUGGCUUUGUUUUGUUAUUCGAAUUUUGCCGCUGCUUUUGACAUUUUUCUUGAAUGAUCCUCUUUAUCUACCUUAUCUCUUUAUAACCUGAUGGAUGUCAAUUUGCUGUUCGUACGGUAUUUUUGUGGGAAGGGGGGUGGAUGUCGUUUUCUGUCAAACCUGAGAUCCAUUUUUUGUUGUUGCGACAAUUCUUCGAAUGCUUAUUACCCGGUCUGCUUUUCUCCCGCAAACGCACAGUAUUUUGAGGGAAAGAUAACUAAAGUCCUUUUGUUUUCUCUUCUUUCGGUCGAAUCUCACAAUUCCUUUUGAACGGCAAGAAAGGCUCAAAUCGAAGCCAGUUGUUUGUUCACCCUUUUUUUCUGCAAUAUAUAUUUUUUUUUUGCUCAACCGAUUGGAUAUCUUUUCCUAUGCCGCCAAUUGAAUUUCACCAACCUAACUUAGCGAAUUUCUCUUUUUUUAAAAGAUUUUGGUCAAUCUGCCAUGUAAUCGUUUAAAGCAUCUAACCAAGAGCGAGGGAUGCGCAGUAGCUAUCAUUAUAUUCUUCUCAUUGUUUAGUCUCAAAAUUAAGAAACUCAAUGGCCAAACGUUCAAUGUUCUUUUUCUAAAAGAGAAAAAUUCUAAGGAGAACAAAAUGGGGAAAAGGUUGAAGAAGCCACUGGGUUGUCUGGUUCUUUCGUCACCUACUCCCCAAUUAUUUUUUAUUUCUUUUUUCCCACAUAAAAUGAAUCCUUCGUAUUGCGCUCCCCAUCUUCCCUCCCCUAUUUGAUAUCUCAAUAUCGUACCACUUGUGUAUGUUAACCACCAUUCUGAGGCCCAGUAGCGUUUGGUGUGGUAAAGAAAAAGAAAAAAAAAUCGUCAUUUUGAAAACUACAGAAAAAAAACCAAAUCUUUACUGUUCAUUAACCGUGUGUGUGUAUGGCAGCACUUAUUCACUUUCAUCCAAUACAAAUUCUCGUUUCCUUGUGUA